GUCCUCAUAAGUGAUCAGCCAAUCGUGAAGAAGAAAAUUGACCUCUUCACAUUGGAGAUAGUCUAAUGGCGCUGCCACAGACGCUAUAAUGGAACAGAUACAAAAAAUAUUUGUCCUCUAUCUAGCUCUAUGCUGAUAAUUCAUCUACUAUGUUAGCUACUUCGCUGAAAUAAAAGGUACCUGAAAACUGCGAGCGAACCACCACUGGAGCCAUUUGAGGAGAGAGUGAUAAAGGCACGGACACUCAGGUCAUGAGAUGGGAUGUGUGUACUGCUGGAGGAAUAAGGAGCUGAAAGAGGAGCAAAGUAUCCAUUGAAAACACUCAGACGUUUUGCAGAACUGGGAAGAAGUGUUCUCCUGUUGCCAGUAUGUCGGCUGUUCCUGCUGCCGUCCCGACGCUUGUUAAUCCACCGCCACCAGAGUUCUUCAACCCCGACAAGCCUGGCAGGAAAACUAACCAACUACAGUACAUGCAGAAUGUUGUGGUGAAGACUCUAUGGAAACAUCAGUUUGCGUGGCCCUUUUAUACGCCUGUGGAUACCAUCAAAUUAUGUCUUGCUGACUAUCAUAAAGUUAUCAAGAGCCCAAUGGACAUGGGAACAAUAAAGAAGAGGCUAGAGAAUAACUACUAUUGGAGCGCCAGCGAGUGCAUGCAGGACUUCAACACAAUGUUUACCAACUGUUACAUCUACAACAAGCCUACAGAUGACAUUGUGCUGAUGGCCCAAGCUCUGGAGAAAAUCUUCUUACAGAAAGUGGCUCAAAUGCCUCAGGAGGAGGUGGAGCUGCUACCACCGGCCCCCAAAGUUAAAGCUGCCCACAAACCAGGAGGGCCUAUUAGUGCAGGCAGCCAAGCAGAGGCUAAGCCAACAGAUUCACCCCCAUCCACUUAUCCCAGCUCCCCUCCACCUGUGUGUCAGACUCCUGUCAUAGCAGCCACGCCAGUGCCAACCAUCAUCUCUGUUAUCCCUGUCCAAGCUGUGUCUCCCGCUGCCUCCAUGAUGGCUGUGGUUCCCACAGCACAACCAGUCAUCAAAAAAAAGGGGGUGAAGCGGAAAGCAGACACAACAACUCCCACAACCUCAGCAAUCUCGGCCAGUAGAAGUGACUCCCCUACCCAGCUCCUGGAAUCCCAACAGGGGAAAGUCUCAUCCAGGCGGGAGAGCAUGGUGCGACCCGUCAAGCCCCCCAAGAAGGGCACCGAGGACGGAGAGGUGCCACUGCUCGGUGGCAAGAAAGGCAAGCCCGGCGAGCAGCUCAAGCACUGCGACUUCAUCCUGAAGGAGAUGCUCUCCAAGAAGCACGCAGCCUACGCUUGGCCUUUCUAUAAGCCUGUAGAUGCGGAGGCGCUAGAACUGCAUGACUACCAUGAGAUCAUCAAGCACCCCAUGGACCUCAGCACUGUCAAAAAAAAAAUUGACAGUCAAGAUUACCAAGAUGCCCAAAGCUUUGCGACGGACGUCCGGUUAAUGUUCUCAAAUUGCUACAAGUACAACCCCCCCGACCACGAGGUUGUAGCCAUGGCCAGGAAGCUACAGGAUGUGUUUGAGAUGCGAUUUGCCAAGAUGCCAGACGAGCCCGUUGACGCCACCCAGCCCUCCACCACGCCGGUGGUAAGCAAGAGUACAGAGAGCAGUGAGAGCAGCGGCAACACCUCCAGCUCGGAGAGCUCGGACUCAGAGGAGGAGCGGGCCACGCGGCUCGCCGAACUGCAGGAACAGGUGGGUUCGGAACAGCAAAUCACUGUGGAGCACCCCAAUGGUAACAGGGCGGGGAAAAAAAACGGGUGUGCCAAACGUUUUCAGCUGAAGGCCGUUCACGAACAGCUGGCUGUUCUGUCACAGGCCCCCGUAAGUAAACCAAAGAAAAGGGAGAAAAGGGAAAAAGAGAAGAAGAAAGAGAAAGACAAGGACAAGGGGAAGGCUGAUGACAAGAAGAAACCCAAGUCAGCACCCCAAGUCAAGCCAGCAAAUCAGAAAAAGGCUCCAGCCCGGAAACCAAACAGCAUGGUGGUGGCUACCAGGCAACCGAAGAAAGGGUCCAAGGUGGUGGUGGCGAACAACGAGUCAGAAGAGGAGCCAUCCCUUCCCAUGUCGUACGACGAGAAGCGCCAGCUCAGCCUUGACAUCAACCGUCUUCCGGGUGAGAAGUUGGGCAGGGUGGUCCACAUCAUCCAGUCCCGGGAGCCAUCGUUGCGUGACUCCAAUCCAGACGAGAUAGAGAUAGACUUUGAGACACUCAAACCCUCAACCCUUCGUGAGCUCGAACGAUACGUCAAGUCCUGUUUGCAGAAAAAGCAGCGGAAACUUUUACAGAAGGCAGGCUCGGCGCCAGCAGGGGGCGCCUCUCGGCUGAGCGGCAGCAGCAGCUCCUCUGACUCUGGCAGCAGCAGCUCCAGUGGCUCCAGCUCAGAAAGCAGUGACUCCGAUUGAUCAGAGAAAGACCCCCAUACCCUGAGUCCCUCUCUCACCUUAGGUAAUUUACCCUCCUUUUUAGCUAGUAGGGUAUUGUCUUCUUUUCUUCCCCUGGAUUACUUUUAUAAGAUAAUGAAGACUUUCGAUGACUGAAGAUAUUGAUCAUGUUUUGUAUUUAGAAAUGCCUUUAGAGACAAAGUAGGAAAACGUGUAAGAAGAUAUAGCUGACUGAACAUAGUCAGGGUUUGUUUUUGCUGGCCCUCAAAGGGAAAUGCCUGGUAUCACCAGAACCACAUGUUAGUUAUUUUAAUUGAAGAGAAAAUAAAUUCUGCUUUACAUGGGUGCUCGUAGCUGAAUCAACUUUGAAAGACUGUUAUACCAGUAGGAAAUCUUUAAAAACACUAAGAUUGAUUUUGGUUUGGACAACAUUGUCUCAAGGGACAAAUGUUUUUUCUCUUCCUGGGAUGGCUGUUGCCUGUAGUUUGACCUUUGCCACCUCACAACAUUCCAUUCCAUUUUGUUUUACUUUAUGUCUACAGCUAUAUUGAAGAAAUUAAGAUUGUUAUUUUUAUGAGCAUAAAUCUCAUUUCCAUUGACAAUGCAAAACAAAUGGUUACUAGUCAUCUAUCGCAAAGAAUUUAUUUUUGUUAUCAAUCUUCCAUGCUCCAAUCAGUAUUUAAAUCUGUUAUGUCUCAAGGGUCUGUUAAAAUAUAGUUGUGGGUUAACACUAGACUGCAGUUGAAUAGAACAUUGACUUAAUCAUGGCCCGAUCUGUAUUUCCUGAGGAUAUUUUAUAUACACAUUUGUGGCAAAGUAAAGUUGCUAUUCGAACACCUUUUGCUGAUUGUCUAAUUAUCAUUUUUGUGUCUUGUUUUCUUAGCAGUGUUUUUGCUUUGAUAUUUUGCAUCAAGAAUGUGGAGCAUAUACAAAUGAACUUGUUUGGUUUGAUACUUCCCAAAGUAAUGUAUUACUAGAUGUACUCAUACCUUUUAACAUCUACUUCUUUAUAAAGAGUUCCCCUGAUGA